UGUUUUCUUUGCAGUAAUGCUUAUCGUCUGGUUGAUCACUUCUGCUUCUUAUAAUAUAGCUCGAUAUUGGUGUGGUGAGAUAGGAGGAGAGCCCCUGCAAUCAAUCCUCACUGAAUUUGUUGCCAGCAACCUACUGGAACAAGCAUCAGAUAUAAAUUUAGUGCAAUUUUCUAUCAAAACCAAGCUUUCCAGGGAUAAAAGAUCCCUUUUUCACAACAUAACAUGCCUCGGGCAGCCGAUGCUAUCCAUGAUGAUGGAGGCUCUGUCAAGAUCGGUGCCACUGGCACAAUUGGCACCCUGAUGACUCGAGAAUUAGAAUCCCCAAAGCAUUCAGAACAAACUUCUUCCACUCGAAGAAAACAGCAAACAGUUCCUGUCUCCAUACCCUGUGGUGCUAAUCCUAGGAGAGCAUUGCAAAGGAGAAACCAAACAAAUGAACAUGGCAGUAUCCGAAGAAGUAGCGGUGGUAGCAAUUCUGAGCAAGCACAUUGUUCAAAUCAUGCACGACGAAAUGGACACCGAGCUCCAAUGCUAAGAUCCGAUGAUAAUCCUGUAAACCGAAAUAUGGACACCGAUAGGAUUGGAAAGAAAGCUUACACUGUGGAAAUAGUAGAUCUAAAAUGCAGCAAUCCCAUGAGCAGCCAGCUCAAGAAGCUCGGCUUCUCCAAGCUUUCUGUUUCCACCUCCUAGUCCUCAGACAGCUUCUUUCCAUCAGUCCUCAAGUUCCUAUAGCCAAUUCCAGCAAUCCUCUCAAUAAGGCUUGUGUCAGUGGCAUCCGUUGCAGAACAGAUACUGGGAAGGAAUCCUCCACUGGCUGCUGCUGCUGCUGCCUUCUUUUUCUUCUUGUGA